ACGUCAGAGGCAGUGACGCCAGCACGCUGCAGGCGGAAGUGCAGCUGGUGUUUGUUUGGGUGGCAGCUGGAGCUGGGUUCGGGCCUUCAAGAUGUCCAGUCUGGAGAAACACUUGUUCAACCUUAAGUUUGCUGCAAAGGAACUUUCAAGAAGUGCCAAAAAAUGUGACAAAGAAGAAAAAACAGAAAAGGCCAAAAUCAAAAAGGCAAUUCAGAAAGGUAAUACGGAAGUAGCAAGAAUACAUGCAGAAAAUGCAAUCCGGCAAAAGAACCAGUCCAUUAAUUUUCUGCGAAUGAGUGCCAGAGUGGAUGCUGUUGCAGCACGUGUUCAGAGUGCGGUUACGAUGGGCAAGGUAACCAAAUCUAUGGCAGGAGUUGUCAAAUCCAUGGACAUCACUUUGAAAAGCAUGAACCUGGAAAAGAUAUCUGCUCUAAUGGAUAAGUUUGAGCAUCAAUUUGAGACAUUAGAUGUGCAGACCCAGCAAAUGGAGGACACUAUGAGCAGCACAACAACUCUGACCACACCACAGCACCAAGUGGAUUCACUGUUGCAUGAAAUGGCUGACGAAGCUGGCCUUGAUUUGAACCUGCAGCUACCUGAAGGCCAAAUGGGAUCAGUUGGUUCCAGUGUGGCAUCUGCAGAACAGGAUGAACUUUCCCAAAGGCUUUCACGGCUCCGAGAUCAAGUGUAAAGAUGAAGAAAAUCGUUGGCUGCCUUAUUCUAGGAAUAGUUUCCUGCUUUUUUAACACACACACAUAUAUAUCUAUAUGUAUCCAUAUGGGGAAAAAACUGUAGCAUUGAAUAGUAUAUUUGGAUUUUCUUUGUAGUGUAGUCGCUGGUACGUUGUCACCAACAGUGCUAGUGUUAAAAGUAAACCAAAAAUAUGGUUGGUUAAUACAUUGUCAUUCACAUUGUUUUUUUUUCACUAUCUUUUGUACAGCACAUUUCCCAGUAUAAACUGGGAAUCCAAAUUUUGGAAAAAAAAUUCAGGUGCACUUUCCUAUCUGGAAAAAAAUCAUCCAUGAUCUGUGUAUGCUGAGGCAGUUUUCUCUCUCUAAAAUGUAUUAUAAUUUUGCUAUUUAAAAAUUGUACCCUAAAUAUUCACAUCACAUCAUGAACAAAAAAGAAGUUUGAAUUAAAAGAUGAUUGAAAAUAUUUUUUGUACUAUGAUGUGUUUAAUCCUAAUUUUGCUGCACUGGAAAGUCUUGUUUUUAACUAAUGGAUUGCUGUUUCCAUAGUUGCUGGAAUGUUCUCUACUUAUUGUAAAAUUUAAUCUAUUUAAGGAGUCUGAACAAAACUGUUCAUUUUUGUAAGAUGUAACCUAAAUGGGGAGGGGUAUAAAUGAAUGCUAUUGUAUGAAAUUUCCUGAUGAGCACACUAAUUGCAGGGCUGUGUGUCUGUUUGGGAUUUUCAUGUCGGUUUGAAUAUUUUUAACUUUGGGUUUCUUCCGUUGUACUCUGACCCCACAAUUAAAGGUUCUCUGAGCCAAAA